AUGCAAAAACUGCAAAUCUGUGUUUAUAUUUACCUGUUUAUGCUGAUUGUUGCUGGUCCAGUGGAUCUAAAUGAGAACAGUGAGCAAAAAGAAAAUGUGGAAAAAGAGGGGCUGUGCAAUGCAUGUACUUGGAGACAAAAUACGAAAUCUUCAAGAAUAGAAGCCAUAAAAAUUCAAAUCCUCAGUAAACUUCGCCUGGAAACAGCUCCUAACAUCAGCAAAGAUGCUAUAAGACAACUUUUACCCAAAGCUCCUCCACUACGGGAACUGAUUGAUCAGUAUGAUGUCCAGAGGGAUGACAGCAGUGAUGGUUCUUUGGAAGAUGAUGAUUAUCACGCUACGACGGAAACAAUCAUUACUAUGCCUACAGAGUCUGAUUUUCUAAUGCAAGUGGAAGGAAAACCCAAAUGUUGCUUCUUUAAAUUUAGCUCUAAAAUACAAUACAAUAAAGUAGUAAAGGCCCAACUGUGGAUAUAUCUGAGACCUGUCAAGACUCCUACAACAGUGUUUGUGCAAAUCCUGAGACUCAUCAAACCCAUGAAAGACGGUACAAGGUAUACUGGAAUCCGAUCUCUGAAACUUGACAUGAACCCAGGCACUGGUAUUUGGCAGAGCAUUGAUGUGAAGACAGUGUUGCAAAAUUGGCUCAAACAACCUGAAUCCAACUUAGGCAUUGAAAUCAAAGCUUUAGAUGAGAAUGGUCAUGAUCUUGCUGUAACCUUCCCAGGACCAGGAGAAGAUGGGCUGAAUCCCUUUUUAGAGGUCAAGGUAACAGAUACGCCAAAAAGAUCCAGAAGAGAUUUUGGUCUUGACUGUGAUGAGCACUCAACAGAAUCACGAUGCUGUCGUUAUCCUCUAACUGUGGAUUUUGAAGCUUUUGGAUGGGAUUGGAUUAUUGCGCCUAAAAGAUAUAAGGCCAAUUACUGCUCUGGAGAGUGUGAAUUUGUAUUUUUACAAAAAUAUCCUCAUACUCAUCUAGUACACCAAGCAAAUCCCAGAGGUUCAGCAGGUCCUUGCUGUACCCCCACAAAGAUGUCUCCAAUUAAUAUGCUAUAUUUUAAUGGCAAAGAACAAAUAAUAUAUGGAAAAAUUCCAGCGAUGGUAGUAGACCGUUGUGGGUGCUCAUGA